GAUUGUUUGCUCAGCCGGGUUUACAUACAGAGACCGGAGGCUCGCGGCUGAGGGCGUGGCCGAGAGCGGUGACGUGCUGUGUUUAUGUCAAAGCGAGCAGCAAACAGUCAAUACGGUAACCUGUCAGACCUUCACACCGUGGACCACAAACGUGCACCGUUGUGUCACCCCUACCAGGGUGCCAUGGUCCUCAGUUACACAUGAGCUCUACUAUGUGGUACAUCAUGCAAAGCAUUCAAAGUAAAUACUCCUUGUCCGAGCGGCUCAUCCGCACCAUCGCCGCCAUCCGCUCAUUCCCACAUGACAAUGUGGAGGAUCUCAUUCGUAAGGGAGCUGAUGUAAACCGGAUGCAUGGCACGCUUAAACCCCUGCACUGUGCCUGUAUGGUCGCUGAUGCUGACUGUGUGGAGCUGCUGCUGGAGAAGGGGGCCGAGGUGAAUGCUUUGGAUGGAUACAACCGCACAGCACUGCAUUAUGCAGCGGAGAAGGAUGAGAGCUGCGUGGAGCUGCUGUUGGAGUACGGGGCCCAGCCAAACGCCCUGGAUGGCAACAAGGACACCCCGCUUCACUGGGCCGCCUUCAAAGACAACCCAGAGUGUGUGAGGGCCCUGCUGGAGAGCGGGGCCUGUCCCAACUCACGGGACUACAACAAUGACACGCCUUUGAGUUGGGCAGCAAUGAAGGGCAACCUGGAGAGUGUCAAAGUGCUAUUAGACUACGGAGCCCAGGUCCAUGUGACAAACCUGAAGGGCCAGACGCCUAUAUCCCGACUGGUGGCCCUGUUGGCCCGGGGCCUGGGCACCGAUCAGGAGGAGGAGUGCCUGGAGCUGCUGUGCCGGGCAGCAGGGCGGUUUGAGAUCCGACGGGCCGACGGCACCCUUCCCAGAGAGCUGAGUAAAGAUCCACAGCUGCUGGCGAGGCUGACCAACAUGGUGGCUCAGGCUCCCACCCUUCGCUCUUUGGCACGCUGCGCUGUCAGGCAGAGUCUCGGAGUCCAGUUCCUCCCAACUGCUGUAAAAGAGCUUCCCCUACCAGAGACUAUCAAAGACUAUCUACUGCUGAGGGACUGAGGUGAUGAGACCACUAGGGACCAUCAGACCACACUGGUGAUUAGACAGUUCAUCACAGCAUUUAUUGGCAAGGAAAUGUCUCCAUUAAAUUAUAGGAUAUUGUCUGAGAGCAGCCCUCAUCAAUCAAACCCUCUUGCAGUUAAAUACCAUUUUGUGCACCAGGAGAGAUACACACACCUCUCCAAGUCUUUUUUUUUUUUUUUUGAUACUUAGUGGUUGCACAACAUCUAAAAUGAGCAGUGAUGAAUGGUAAAUUUGACAAGUGUCAGCUGUUGGAUGAAAACUCCACCAAUGAUCUGUUUUAUAUUGUUUGAAAAAUUAUGCAGUUUUUGGAAACUCAGGCUGAGCUUGUUUGAAAGUCUUGCAUCUCUUCUUAUUUCUCAGUUUCCUCGUCUCCUCUCCUUAGUCCUUCACCCCUGUGAUUCAAAGGCUGAUAGUUAAAUUGCAUAUUGGAUCAUUUUUUAAGUUAUUAAUACAAAAGGAAUAUUUUUAGCUCCCACCAUGUUUUGUAUAUUCCAGCUGUGUGUCAUACCUGUUAAAUGUCACAGGUGCCAAAAACACUUGAUACACCUGUGCGUCCUCGCUCAUAGUUUCUCCAGAGGGCCUCCCCUCUAUUCAGAAUGCAUUUUAGGGAUUGAGACAUCCUUAAUAUGUCCUGCUGAGAUCAAUUUGCGGAUCACCAGCAGGAGAACGGAGGUGAGAGGAGACGAGGAAGCACAAAAUGGAGAAAUGAGAAGAGCCCUUGGAGCAAGUAUCGAAAGAAAUUAUAACAUCAGGCUUGUUGUGAAUUGACUCACAUGAAGCUCCUCGUUUCGUUUGUUCACAUAGAGCCAGUGCAUCUUUUAAAUUUAACUUGGAUUUAUUAUUAUUUUGUAUGCAAAGUUUACAAAUUUGUAUUGAAUCUUACAUUUUAAAAGUUAAGUAUGAUGAAAAAAUGUUAUGAUUUGUCUCAGAAAACGAGGAAACGUGUUCACUGUGAGAUUGGAUUUAAAUGUAAGAUAGGUUCAUGAAUGAGGGCUUCAUGUGUAAGAAUGCAGGCUGUCCAGUAGGUUUGUCAGAAGAUGCAGUUCUUGAAGUAGUGCUCAGGAACAAAUUUUAUGUAGUUCGUAAGAUAGUCGGAGUGGCCAUCUCUCUCUUGAUGUUUGCCCUCCAAAUUCACAAAUCGAUCAGUAAUGAAAUAUUAAGGUAACAACAAAAAAAUAAAUAAUAAUUUUUAAAAAAAACGCACUGACCAGAAAGAAGAUGGGAAUAGUUGUAUCUGUUAUGAUGAAGCUGGUCCACAUAAUUUGGCAGACACACUAAUCAUCCUCUUAUGUUCACUCAACAUGCCUGCUGUCGUUAUUUAUUUGGGCUUUAUUUGAAUGAAGAUUGCAGUUGCCAAUGAGAAAUAAAAUAUUUUGUUUUUUAUUACAAUGGAUGUUUUCAGUCUUAACUUGAAAACGUUACCAAGGGUGCUCCCUCAUCCCAAACUUUGCAGUGUAUGUUUAAAAAUUACUUUGAAUUAAGUGUUGAAACCCAUGAAGUGGCAUGAUAACUAAGUUUUUGUCCAUGAAAGAACCACUAAAUGAGCUUGCAAAAAUGAAUUUACGUUUGUUAUGGCAUCCGUCUAAAAUCGGACCGUUUCUGUGCUUGAUUUUGUUUUGCUUGUUCUGCUGCUGUAUAAAAAUGAACCCCCCUUAGAUCAUGUCUUGUGUACACCUGCAAAAGUGCUUUUCUUUUUGUCAACGUAAAUGAAAGUAAAUGCCUUUAUAUUCCAUUCA